AUUAAUCAUCAGAGAGGAAGAGUAUUCAAGGGAAGGCAGCAAGAUGGCGGGUUUUUUUGAUGUGAGAAUGUGGAACGUUAUAAUGAUGGGGAUGGCCUUUAUGUUCAUGUUCACGGCCUUCCAGACUACAUCAAUCAUAGAGCCUUAUGUCUUACAAGGGGUGAAAGAAAAAUAUCAGGCAAGAAAUGAAACAUUUGCAGGGGAUGGAUAUGUUAGUCUCGGCAUCGUGUAUGCUGUCUUCACCUUUUCCAACUGGUUUGCACCAUCAUUUGUGGGGAUAUUUGGACCAAGAUCAUCAAUGAUUGCUGGUGGUGUUUGUUACUUAUUAUUUAUCCUAUCUUUUCUAAAACCAAUGACAUGGACACUAUAUUUGGCAUCUGUCAUUAUUGGACUUGGUGCAAGUGUUAUCUGGACUGGACAAGGAAAUUUUCUUACUUUAAACUCUGACACUGACACCAUGUCCAGGAACAGUGGUAUCUUCUGGGCACUGCUGCAGUGCAGCUUGUUAUUUGGAAAUUUGUUUGUGUUUAUUAUGUUUCCUGGGAAACAAAACAUUGAUGAUCACACAAGGACUACAGUAUUUAUUGUCUUUAGUGCUGUUUGUGGAAUUGGAAUCUUACUCCUCUUUCUGUUACGUAAACCACCUUUGAUUGCUGAAAAGGUGCUGCAUGAUAUUGAAGGAAAAACGUCACCCAGGACUCCCCAUGCAACUUCCAAGCCGGGACCCUUGGCAGCAUUGAAAACAUCUUUUAGACUGUUCAUGACAAAAGAUAUGAUUCUCCUCAGCUUGUGCUUUGCUUACACAGGUUUAGAAUUGACGUUUUUCAGUGGUGUCUAUGGAACAUCUGUUGCAAACACUUUAAAGAUUCCAUCAGCGCAGAAGAUCAUUGGUUUGGUUGGUGUAUCUAUUGGCGUAGGAGAGAUUCUUGGGGGUCUGGCAUUUGGUAUUUUUGGCAAGAAAACCAAUAAAUUUGGUCGUGAUCCAAUAGUUCUUCUUGGCCUUGUGGUGCAUCUGGCUGCCUUUCUCAUGAUAUUCCUCAACAUACCUUCACAUGCACCGAUAGGGAAAACUCUUGAUAAGGCGUAUAUCAAGCCUAAUCAGUACAUCGCUCUCAUUUGUGCUUUUCUGCUUGGGUUAGGUGACAGUAGCUUUAACACCCAGAUAUAUUCCAUCUUAGGGUUUGCUUACUCUGAUGACAGUGCACCAGCCUUUGCUCUUUUCAAGUUUACACAGUCCCUUUUUGCUGCCGUAGGAUUCUUUUACAGUAAUAGAAUUCAGCUGCAGUGGCAACUGCUGAUUCUGGUAAUAUGGUCAUUUAUAGGAACAUUGGGCUUCUUCACAGUGGAAUGGAAGCAUAAGAAAAGGGCUGUAGGAUAUCAAAGAAUUCAGUAACUAGAUAACAAAAGCAGUCAAGGAUCAAUAAUUCUGUCAUAGGCAUAGAAACUUGCCUUCCCUUACCUACAUGACAAUUCUUCACUUAA